AUGCAUUCGGAAGAGAGCUUCGGAAUCCCCAAAGGCUCUACCGUUCUUGUGACGGGCGUGAAUGGCUUCAUCGGAUCCCAUGUCUGUAGCCAACUACUGCAGCUGGGCUUUGAUGUCCGCGGAACCGUCAGGGACAGGACGAAGUACGCCUGGGUCGAGGACUUGAUGGAAAAGGAGAGCCACAGGGCCAGCUUUACGCUGGUCUCUUUGCCGGACUUGGAAGAGGAGGGUGCAUUUGAUCCUCUUGUUAAAGACGUAUCGGCUGUUAUUCAUGUGGCCUCCUCUGUGUCUUUGAGCCCUGAUCCAGAGAGCGUCAUCCCCAGCAGCAUUACCGGGGCCAUGAAUGCACUCAAAGCCGCAAACAGAUCACCAAGCGUCAAGCGAUUUGUCCUGACCAGCUCUUCCGUCGCCGCGGCUCUGCCUAAGCCUGAUCAAAAGGGAGACGAGAUCACAACAACUAGCUGGAACAUCGAGUCGGUUGCAGUUGCCUGGGGGAAGCCUCAUCCACACCAAGCAUGGCACGUCUAUGCGGCAAGCAAGAUUGAAGCGGAAAGGACGGUAUGGAAAUUUUAUAACCAGGACAAAAGCUGCCGGCCGGACUUGGUCGUAAAUACAGGUAAAUACACUGCCAGACGCAUCGAAACUGUUGAACAAACGAAGACUGACCUAUCCAUAGUGCUGCCUGGUUGCAACUUUGGGCGAAGCCUUGACGUCGUCAACCAAGGCCAUCCCUCAACAUCAUCCUUUAUUGAGAGCCUAUGGUACGGGAUCAACAUGGAUCGACUUGCUUGUAGUCCACCACAACAAUUCGUCGACGUGGAAGACACUGCAAGGCUCCAUGUGGCCUGUGCUGUGCUACCAGAAGUCCAUGGCGAAAGAAUCUUUGCGUGGGCCGAACCUUUCAACUUCGAUGUUGUUCUAGAUGUUCUGCGCAGGAAAUUCCCCAACAAGCAUUUUGUGGAAAACUUUCACCAUUACCAAGAUCUCUCAGCCGCAGACAAAGCUCGGGCACGGGCGAACCAGCUUCUGAGACGCCUAGGCAGGGACGGCUUCACUUCUUUGGAGGAGAGUGUUUUGAAUAACGUUGAUGAUUUGCCUUGA